AUGGAGAAAUAUACGAUCCUACAUGAGCUCGGACAGGGUGCGUUCAGUAAGGUGUACAAGGCAGAACGUAAUGAGGACGGCAGCACACAUGCACUGAAGUGCCUCACUGUAGACUCAGUUGAGAGGGGCGACGCCACCCUGAAGGAGAUCCAUGCUCUACAGCAGGUCGGCAAACACCCAAACAUCUUGCAGUUUACCAAUGUAUUUACCGAGAGCGCAGGUCUGAACACCCCAGCACUGAACGUGUGGCUGGAACUGGACUAUUGUAACGGAGGCACCCUGGACAGCUUCAUCGCUAGCGACAAUCCGAAUCGAGCGACCGUUCUGCAAUUACUGUGUGACACGGCAGAGGGCGUUGCUUAUCUGCACGGAAGAAACGUCGUGCACGGAUCCCUGAAGCCUGACAAUAUCUUGGUGGAUAACUCCGGGCAGAGACCGAUAGCUAAGAUUGCAGAUUUCGGCAUGCUCCGUGUCCGUGGACAGGGCGGCUGGGAUAUCAAAAACUACUUCAAGGAGACCAGCGGUAUCAGAAUGUACCUGUCGCCUGAAAUCGCCCGACAACUGUUGGCACAACGACCACAUCUCAUGCAGUUCACCGCAAAGGCUGAUGUCUUCGCCUUGGGACUGAUCAUAGUCGUCAUCUUGAAUCAGACGACAGAUCCAGUCGUCCCAGCGACAGAUCCAGCCAUCUCGAUGACAGAUCCAGGCGUAUCAGAGACAGAUCCAGCGAAGCCAGGAAAACUGGUGCCUGCGGUUUACGUAAAUGGAAAACCCACGGCUGUAGGUGAGGUCAUGGUCACACGCCCGGGAUACCAGGCGGUAGGCAUGCUGAUGAUGAGUGAACCGCAGGGGUCGCCCGUAAAGGUGUGUGAAAUAUUCUUAAAGGAGGGGCAGAGAACAGGAAGGGACAAAUGA